AUAUAUUCUUGCUUCUCCUGUUUCCAUUCGGCGAUUCUCUUUUCUUCCUUUUUCCUUUCCUCUGUAAUCCCAUGGCUUCUUUUCUAUGCUUGAGGUUGAAACUGAGGAGAAAGCCGGUCCGGGUCGGCGAAUCCGGGUUCAAGAAGGACCCCGGUCCGGCUAGAAUGACAAAGCAGCAGAUUUCGAAGCUUACGAUGAGCUUUUCGAGGUCUCGGGUGAUUGCUUUCGGAGGUUUCAGCACAGUGUACCUCGGGAAGUUCCCAGAUUCCGGCGUGGCAGCCGUCAAGGUCAUCGACUCCGGCAGCAGCCACCGCCUGAGCGCCGUUUUCCGGCAGGAACUUCAAAUCUUGCAGAGGGUACAACACGAGAGUAUAGUGAGCGUUAUUGGGUACUGCGAUGAGGGUGAAGAAGGGGUUCUGGUUUUCCAGUACGCUGCGAAUGGAACGCUCCAUGAGAAUCUCCAUGGGAGAUGGGACUCUCUUCUUUCAUGGAAGCAGAGGAUGGGAAUUGCUUAUCAGUUGGCUCAAGCUCUGGAGUAUCUCCAUGAGAGGUGUGAUCCCCAGAUUGUUCAUGGCGACAUUAAAGCCUCGAAUGUGUUGUUGGAUUCUCAGUUUAAUUGCAAGUUGUGCGAUUUCGGGUCUGCGAAAAUGGGAUUUUCUUCCUCUGUUCAGCCGCCGUUAUCUGGGCCGGAGAUGAUCGAUGGCGGAGCUAUAAAUGCGGCGACUCGUCCCAAAUGUGGAAGACUCGCUACACGCAUGAUGAUGAUGGGUUCUCCGGGAUACACAGACCCUCACUACUUGAGAACCGGGAUCGCCACCAAAAAGAGCGACAUAUACAGCUUUGGGGUCAUCCUUCUCGAGCUAAUUACGGGUUUGGAAGCCGUUUCUUCCUCUGAUUGCAGUGAAAAACUGGUAUGUAAAGCAAAGGAAAUGCUAAAGGAUGAGUCCAAGGUUACAGCAAUGCUGGAUCCGAGGCUGGAUGUAAGGAAUAAUAGUUUGGGAGUAGAAGCUGAGGCAGUGGCUUCCAUUGCAGCUAUGUGCCUUGUGGAUUGUCCAACCCUAAGGCCAUCUGCAUCUGAUAUAUUGGAAACCAUGAGAAUCAGAGUUCCCUCCGUUGGCUUUUCGUUCUCGAAGGACAAAGGGGCAGCUUGAUCCAGCAAGUUAUGGCAGCCGAAGUAAAUUAGUACGGAGUACAAUCUAAGAGUCCUUCUUCGUGUAUGCGCGAGGCGCGUAAUGCUUAUUUUACACGCCACACACGCAUUUCUGUAAAGUUUAUGUGGUUUUUUAAAACGAAUAGGUUGUGUUCACAAACAAUUAGGGAUGGACGUUUAUACAAAGUGUAAAAGGUGUGUACGAAAGAAAAAGUCUAUUUGUAAUUAUUUAGCUGUACAUAGAUACACUAGCUCCAAUUCUUCUCUUCAUACUUCAUGUUUUCUACUUGAACAUGAAUUAGUUUAUUCAUCUCUUAUGGGAUGUUUGGUUGAUUUUGCUUGUCACUUAGAAAUUCCAUCAUUAUUAGUUUAACUCAU